UUUACUUCKUGCUCGAGUCUURACUACUAGAGAAAAUGCUUUCUGCGGCAUCYGAUCCUGUUCUUUUAAUCGAAAAUCGAUUUACAUAAACAGAGAAUUGUCCUCAGAAAUAAUACACUGUGAAGAAUACAUAUGUUCGAUGAUAAGUGGAUUUUAGCUGUCAAGACACAAUUGAAUUCGAAGAAGGAUCGUGUUUACAUCUUAUAGAGCUUGGCCCUAAUUGAUCUUACAAAAAUGAAUAUGAAGAUUGUCCUUUUUAUAAGGUUUUGUGUAAUGUAUGGAAUGUCUCAGUGUGCUGCACUUGAWUACCAARCAACAACAAAACAGGAAGAAAUUAUCAACUUAUUGGAAGAAUGUKUGGUGAUGGCCCUUUUUCUACAAGAUAAGCAAACACAAGAACUAAUCUACGUGACACUUGGAGAUUUUUAUCGCAAAGUUCGUAAGACAGUUAAAGCCAUUCAAUGCUAUGAAAAAUAUAUUUCCCUCAUUAAUAGUGCCGGACUUAAAAGCACAAAGAUGGAAGUGUACCACUAUUUAGGACUUUGYUAUGAAACAUUAGCAAAAUAUGAAACGGCAAUCCAAUAUCAUUUWAARGUGMUCAACAUUUCCAAGGAGAUCGGUAAUAAAGAUGUAGAGGGAAAGGCCUAUGGAAACUUAGCAAAUGCUCAUUACUUACUGGGGAAAUAUAACAAARCUAUUGAAUAUUACAAAAAAAGACUAAGCGUUGCUAAAGAGAUUGGUGACAGACCGGGAGAACGAAUGUGUUACGGAAAUAUCGGCCACGUUUACCAUGCAUUAGGCGAAUAUCAGCAGGCAAUGGAGCAUCAGGAAAAGAGCUUAAGCAUUGCUAAAUCAAUAGGUGACAAAAAGGGAGAGCGAACUACCUAUGGAAACAUAGGGGUUCUUUAUCAAUCAUUAGGAAUGUAUCACAAGGCGAAAGAAUAUCAUGAAAAGAGUCUUAGCACUGCUAUAGCGAUUGGCGACAGAGAAGGAGAAGGACAUUCAUAUGCAAACUUGGGAAAUAUCUAUUUCGCAGUAGGAGAAUAUCAGAAGGCCAUAACUUAUCAUGAAAAAAGCCUGCACAUUGCCAAAGUUAUCAGAGACAGAGRAGGAGAAGCAAAGUCUUAUGGUAACUUAGGAAACGCUAGCCAAUAUUUAGGGAAAUAUCACAAGGCAAUCGAGUAUUAUGAAAAAAGCCUURAGAUUUCCAAAGACAUUGGUGACAAACAAGCACAGGGAAGUGUUUAUGGAAACUUAGGAAUUGUCUACGAGUCAAUGGGACAAUACCAUAAAGCAAUUGAAUAUUAUAAAAAACACCUUAGUAUCUCCUUAGAGAUCGGUGAYAGAMGAGGRGAAGGAAAUAGCUAUGGGAACUUAGGAAAUUCCUAUAAAUCAUUAGGGAAAUAUCAAGAUGCAAUYGGAUAUCAUGAAAAAAGCCUUAGAAUUGCUAAAGAGAUUGGUGAUAGAGAGGGAGAAGGAAGUACUUAUGUUAACUUGGGUAGCAUCUAUUGCGCACUGGGAGAAUAUCACAAGGCAAYUGAGUAUCUURAAAUAGGCCUUAGCAUAGCUCAAGAGAUUGGUGACAGAGAGGGAGAAGGGAUAGCUUAUGGUAGCUUGGGAAGUGCCUAUGACGCAUUGGGAGAACAUCACAAAGCAAUUGUAUAUUUUGAAAAGAAACUAAGCAUUGCUAAAUUGAUUGGAGACAGGCGAGGAGAAGGAAGUUCUUAUGGAAACUUAGGAAACGCCUAUUAUUCGUUAGGGAAGUAUUACAAAGCAAUGGAGUAUCACGGAAUGAGACUUUACAUUGCAAGAGAGAUAGGAGACAAAAAAGGAGAGUUAGAUGCAUAUGGUAACUUAGGAAGCGCCUAUAACUCAUUGGGAGAAUAUCAUAUGGCAAUUAAAUAUCAUGACAAGAGCCUUAGCAUUGCGAAAGAGAUUGGUGACAGGCAGGGAGAAGGAAGCAUUAAUGGAAACUUAGGAAUUGCCUACCGAUCAAUAGGGGAAUAUCACAAAUCAGUUGAAUGCCAUGAAAAGAGUCUUAGCAUUGCUCAAGCAAUUCGUAACAGAGAAGCAGAAGCAAAUGCUUAUGGAAAUUUAGGCGCCACCUAUCAACUACUACAGCAAUACAACAAAGCAAUUGAAUGUCAUGAAAUGGAACUAGCAAUUGCUAAAGACACUGGUUAUAGAAGAGGAGAAGGAAAUACUUAUGGUAACCUAGGAAGCGCCCACAGAGCAUUGAGAGAGUACCCCAAGGCAAUUGAAUGUUAUGAGAAGAGCCUUCGCAUUGCUGAAGAGAGUGGAAGCACACAAGCUUUAGCGGAUUCUCAUUAUAACUUAGGUUCUGUCUAUCAGGAUGAAAAUGACCUCAAAGACCUUGACAAAGCUAAGGAACACCUAAAAUGGAGUAUCGAACAUUACGAGAAUUUGUUUAAUGAACUCAAAGAAAAAGAACAAUUCAAGAUUUCCAUUGUCGAUAGAUUCAUCAAAGCCUACAAAUCGCUCAACGAAGUCCACAUCGAAACUGGACAAACCGAUGAAGCCUUAUUAGUGUGUGAGAGUGGAAAAGCCCGAGCUUUGGGUGAUCUUUUGAGUCACAAAUACAACAUUUCCAAUGGAGGAACUGCACCACAAGAUCAAACUGCUAUAAAACUUGUGGACAUCAAGAAGACAAUUUCGUUGAGUCCUGAUAGCUGCAUUCUCUUUUACAAUCUCCACCAUACUAAAGCAUUUGCUAACAUGUGGGUUAUAUCUCCCCAAAACGAAUCAAUUUUCUUCCACGAUGAAAUACCUGAGCGCGAAGCUUUGAAGAAAAAAUUCUCAGAUCUGUCUGAGGAUGAAAAAGACAACCUCCAUAAGGGRCAUUUUCAGGUUCUGCUUAAAAACAGUUUUCAAUACAUGGGCGUCAGAGAAAUAAAGAACUGUGAAGACAGAUCUCUGGGAUUUGUUGAAAAAACCGCUUCAGACUCCAAACGAACCGAUGAGGAUGACAAAAGAUGGAGAUGGUUGGAGGCAGAAUGUGAUGAAGAGAURUCACUGGAAAUGAUUUUCGAUAGAUUAGUUUUCCCGGUGCUGCACAAGCUGACCCAAGGUGAGAUUAUCAUCAUUCCAGAUGGCCCUCUGUUUAUGCUGCCAUUCGCUGCUCUUCAAGAUCCAAAGACAGGAAAGUUUUUAUCAGAAACCAAACGCAUUCGCUUGGCACCAUCUUUGACGACUUUGAAGAUCUUACAAGAAUCCUCAGAUGACAAUUAUUCCAAGUCAGGAGCACUGAUCAUUGGCAACCCAGCGUCGGGAAAAGUCAAAUAUAAAGGGAAAGAAAAAACUUUUAUCUCUCUACAAGGUGCAGAGAAUGAAGCUAAAGAGAUUGGCAAACUACUCGGAGUAAAACCAUUGAUAGGAAAACACGCGACAAAAGAACGAGUCCUAGCAGAACUCAAACGUGGUGUGUCCGUCAUACACUUUGCUGCACAUGGMUGYGAGGAAAACGGACAGAUCGUCCUUGCUCCUUCUCAACCUUCAACAACAAACGACAUUCCAGAGGAGAAAGACUACAUUUUGACUAUGAAGGAAGCACAAGAGAGUGGAAUUCGUGCUCAACUCGUUGUGUUGAGCUGCUGCCACACUGGUCGGGGUGACAUCAAGUCUGAGGGAGUGGUAGGAAUGACUCGAGCAUUUCUUGCCGCAGGAGCCCGUGCCGUUGUAGCGUCGUUGUGGGCCAUUAAUGACCAAGCUACUGAGCUCUUUAUGUUAAAAUUCUAUUCUCAUCUCAAGAAUGGAGAGAGUGCAAGUACGAGCCUACAGCAAGCAAUGAAGGAGAUGAGAGAAACAGAGAAAUACAAAGAGCCAAAAUACUGGGCUGCCUUCUUUCUUAUUGGAGACGAUGUAACCAUUAAAGUGUAGUUUAGUAUUCGAACCUUGUAUUUAGGUCUUAUUUACCGAGCGCGUGGUCUAGAUAGCAAAAUCUGGACCGCGCUCAAAUUUUUGUCUGCGUAAAAGACACAACGUACAAAUAAAAGUACAGGUAAUACCAUAUUAAAAAAUAUCUUUAGUAAAAAAAACUCCAGCUUUUCCAAGAACAUAGCUAAGUAACCUUUCAGUMAGUUCAUCCAAGCAAAUCAAAUACUUCCAAUUUGGUUAAUUGGUCACGYGCAAAGGAACUGAGGACGAGCCUCAGGUGGAAACAAAAGAACGAUCUAUUUUUAUCCCACAGCUACGUCUUCAGAACGUUUGUGUGAGCGCGGUUUGUCAAAAAUGAACUCACUGAAGAUUUAGAUUUGUAGAGAUUACUUUCACCAGUGUUGAGCAAAGUAGCUUAGUUAUAUUUUAUAAAUUUGUAGUUUUAGAAGCACACGAUGGUAUAAGUGCCCGAUGYAGAGGAAAAUCUUAUACUCUAUUUUCAAGUUAAAACAUUUGAACAUUUUGAGUAUUAUYUUUACGAUUGUACGUUGACUGUUGAUUUGGGAACUAAAGCUGAAUUAUCAAAAAUAUACUUUACCGUCAAAUCACUCGCGAUUUACGUGUUAUUUGAGCUAAAUUCACACAUAAGACCGCUUUCUUUUUCGCCUCUUUCGAAAGAUUACAGGUAGCAGUUUCAUUCAGUCGAAAGUAAAGUAGUGUUGUGAAAGCAAUUUCACAAUAACGAUAUAUCAAACUAAAGAGCUUUGACGCAUUAUUGUUAAUUUGACAACUUCCUGAAUUUACAGCAAGAUCUUGAGCAAGUUCUGGCAAAUAGUUUAGCGAGAUUACYCCUUGACCAGGUAUAGUGUAUAUUCUAGAAAGGCUUUAAUGUACACGGCAUUGUAUUCGAUUGAUAUGCGAUCCAAUGUUUGGUUAUUCAUUGUGAAACAUCACGAAUACCUAAUGGAGUAAACGACCAAUAAAAUCUCAUUGUCUAUCCCUGGA